UUUCUAGGAAGUGCAAACCAUUGCUCUUGAUUUUCGUCUUGUUUCUGACUGAAACUGCUGCUGCUGGGCGGUUGAUCGUCUGCGCAGGCGUCCGCAUUCCUCAGCUGUGAUUGAAAACGACUGGGAUUAGUUUCACUGAAACUCGCUCGGACAUUAGCUUGGUUUAUGCUAUAUUUCUUAACUUAACAGCAGCAGCAGCUCAGGGAAACUGGCGAGAAGCAGCUGACAAAUACGCAGACGGGCUGGGAGGUUUAUUUAUCUGCUGUCCCGGACACUGACAGAGAGGGUAAGGGCGGAUACUGACGAGGGACCUCUCCGUGGAAAAAAAAAAAGAAAGAAAAAAAGUUGGAAAUGUUGGUAGAUCUGGAUCCAGAACCAGAGACCAGAAUGGAGGGAGGAGGCCAGGUCGGGCCCACGUCAAUCCGAGGCCAUGGCCAGCUCUCCCGGCUUCGCAGCUCCUCCCUGGAAAUCAGGGAAAAAGGGUCCGAAAUCCUCAGGGAACAGCUGGAUGCUGCAAAGAAUGAACUGAAACUAAAGGACAAGGAGUGCGAGCGUCUGUCGCAAGUUAGGAAUCAACUGGAGCAGGAGCUAGAGGAGCUGACAGCCAGUCUGUUUGAGGAGGCUCACAAGAUGGUGCGUGAUGCUAACGUGAAACAAGCAGCUUCAGAGAAACAGCUCAAGGAGGCUCAGGGGAAGAUUGAUGUUCUGCAAGCAGAAGUGACAGCACUCAAGACUCUGGUGUUGACGUCCACACCUUCUUCACCAAAUCGCCAGCUGCAUCCACAGCUGCAGUCUUCAGGUACCAGGGGAUCGUACAAAUCGCACGUACGGAACAAGAGCGCCAGCGGUGCAUUUCCACUCUCACCUGCAAAAAAAGAAGUUUCCAUUCAGCCUGUGUCCAAAGAGGACCGAGAGCCUGCUGCUCCUGCCCUCCUCUCUCUGAUCUUCUGUCUGAUACCUGGCCAGUCUGUCAGUAUGACCUAUGACCCUCAAUGGCAAAAACAGAUAGAGGGGAUGGGCACUGAUGGCAGACAGAUGGACUCCAUUUUGUUUGCUGAGUUUUUGAUGUGGAAGGAACACCCGAGCCUUGACCGCUCCUCCGCCUUCCUGAGUCGUAUUUACAGAGAAGACAUCGGGCCCUGCCUCUCCUUCACGAGAUCAGAGCUGUCCCACCUGGUCCAGAGCGCAGUGGAGAACAACUCUCUGACCAUUGAGCCUGUCGCCAUGUCGGCAGUACCGAUGGUUAAAGCCUCAGCUAUAGAGUGUGGAGGUCCUAAUGGCUUUAGGGCUGCAGUAGAGACAAAAUGUGCAUUAAGUGGCCUGUCACGGCUUUGCAAACAUCGCAUUAAACUUGGCGACAAAGAGAGCUACUAUUACAUCUCACCUUCCAGCCGAGCACGGAUCACGGCUGUCUGCAAUUUCUUCACUUAUAUCCGCUACAUCCAGCAGGGCCUGGUGAGACAUGAUGCGGAGCAGAUGUUCUGGGAAAUCAUGCGUCUUCGUAGAGAGAUGAAUGUGGCCAAAUUAGGUUUCUACCUCACUGACCAGGGCUAGGACGGUACCUGGAACACUCAACAAGAGAGCAUAGCAGUUACAGCCUUGGGUAACUGUGGCAACGCACAUGUCUUUGAUCAGGUUGAACAGUGCUGCAGCAAAGGUCACCGACAAGGGAAGAAAAACAUGUUUGUCACUUUUGGAAAUGCAAUAAAACAAUUAGAAUCAAACCAGCACUCCAGGAAUGACAUUAAAGUCCAUGUUUUUAAAAAAAAAAAAAAAAAAAAAAAAAAGGAAGGGAAAAAAAAGAUGAUAUUAUUCCCAGACAUGUCGGAGAAGUUUUUUCUGUUGCACCACAUUCCUGGAAAAUAACUGUUGUCCCCAAGAAAGUGUGGAGAAACUUCUUACUGAAUCACCCACGGAAUACAAAAUUUCUCAUAUUUAUACAAUAGACUGUGUGUCCUGAUUCAGGCAUUAGCCUGCAAAAUAAUGAGCACAAUCUUAACCUCAAGUAUUACAAAUAUGUGGUGUAAUAGUUUUAUUGUUUCCACACAGCAAUGAUUCAGCUUGUUUUCUUUGUACUUUCAGUUAUCAGCUCAGACACCACAGCCCAGACCUUCAUUCUGAGCAUGGCCUUAAUUUUGUUGGUACACUUCCUGCUCUGCCUUGUACAAAGACUUAACUUAGUCACCUUCAGCUUCUCGUUAGCCCUGUACCUAAAAAUCAGAUGUAUCGUUAAUUAUUACCCACCCAUGCUCAGAGUAGGGAGAGCUUUACAGUGCCAGGUGAAAAAAGCUUUUAAGAUGUGAUUGAGUUUUGCACAUCUGUAGUUAACAGUAUGAACAUAAAGUAAAAGCCAUAAUUGACUUUGCAUGAAUGCAGAAAAUAGCCAUAGUGUAUAUAGGUUGUAUCUCAUAUUAUAGAUUUAUUGUUACUGACUUUUUUAAAAAACAGAAAUCUUUUAAAGGUAACAAUGAAGUAUAGUGUGUCAGAACGUGCAAUAACUGCUUCUUAGCCUUAUGCAGGGCUUUGAGGUUCCUGACCUCAGUGUACUCAUAAUCAACUGUGUAAAAGCUGCAUUAAACACGAGGCAUUGUAUACCAGCUGUCA